GCACCAGCACAUCUGGAACAUCCUCAGUGGAAGGAGCAGCAUGAAGUGCCUAGCAAUUCUCUUCGCUGUUGUAGCUCUUUCUGAAUGUUUUGUUCAGAUUCACCUGCAGAAAGGAGAGAAACCUAGAGAUAUUCUCAGGAGGAAAAAUUUGCUGGGAAGCCUCCUUCAGAAACAUCAUUAUGACAUUGGUACUAAGUAUACAAAACAGUCUCCAUUUGUUUUCAGUCCUGAUCAGCUGGCUGAUGAACCGCUAUUGAACUACUUAGAUACAGAAUAUUAUGGAACAAUCUACAUUGGAACACCACCGCAGGAAUUCACUGUUGUGUUUGACACUGGAUCAUCAAAUCUCUGGGUGCCUUCCAUUUUCUGUAACAGUCGAGCAUGUGCAAGGCAUCGACGGUUUAAUCCAAACCUUUCUUCUACUUUCACGAGCACACAACAGUCUAUGUCCAUUCAGUAUGGUACAGGAUACAUGGAAGGCAUGUUAGGAUAUGACACAGUGAAGGUGUCCAGCUAUAUUGAUACCAAUCAACCAUUUGGUUUGAGCACCAAAGAGCCAGGAAAUGUUUUUACCUACGCAGAGUUUGAUGGAAUCCUGGGCUUAGCCUACCCUUGUAUUGCUGUUGACCAAGUAACUCCUGUCUUUGAUAAUUUGAUGCAAGAAGGUUUAGUGCAACAAGACUUGUUUUCUGUUUAUCUCAGCAGAACCGCAUCUGGGAGCGUGAUCACUUUUGGUGGAAUAGAUCAGUCUCAUUAUACUGGUUCUAUUAACUGGAUACCUGUUAGUGCACAAGGAUACUGGCAGAUUUCAGUGGACAGUGUUUUAGUGAAUGGCCAGAACAUUGCCUGCAGUGGUGGUUGUCAAGCAAUUGUUGAUACAGGUACUUCCCUCUUGGCUGGCCCACCAUCUGACAUAAAGAACAUCCAAAAUGCCAUUGGAGCGUAUCAGGGGCUGAAUGGUCAGUAUAUGAUCAGCUGCAGCAAUCUCUCCAAUAUGCCUAAUAUUGUUUUUGUGAUCAAUGGAAUCCACUAUCCACUAAAGCCAUCAGCCUAUACUCUGCAGAUGGCCCCAGGCUAUUGCAGCAGCGGUUUCCAACCCACUGGUCAGGAUCUCUGGAUCCUGGGAGAUGUGUUCAUAAGAGAAUACUAUAGCAUUUUUGACAGAGGCAACAAUCAAGUUGGCCUGGCAAAGGCAAUCUAGAAAAAAUUCUGCUUUUUACAAUACUGAAUACUGUACCUGUUUGUUUAAUCAACCCAUCCAGUUGUAUUUCAACUUCACAGCAAUGAAUUGAGCUAACUCUAGUCAUGUCCUUUUAAACAUAAUAGCUGAUACAUUUCAAUAAUUUGCAAAUAAUAGCAUUAUUCAGGUAGCUCUGUUCACCACUGCAUGCAAAAAAAUAAAUAAUACCUUGUUCCAAA